AAAGCAAGAUUAACGAUAGGGCAAAAUGCCAUUAGUUCUGAUAAACCUAUCAUUCCUCAUCAAAUUUAUGACGAAAUUAUGGAAUAUUAUAUGAAAGAUGCUUUAACAAUUAUGACUACUACUUACUAUCCCGAUUCCUUCGGUCUUGUGUUUCGUGGUAGUUGUGAUGGGAUGAAUUCAUUGAUCAAUCAUAGUUCUGGUCAAACAAAUAUUUAG